UCAUUUAAAUAUCCUCGUCGAAGUCGAUCGCGAAAUCGUCUACUGUGUUAAGCAGAUUAACGGUAGGGGGGAAUUCAAUUUGUUGAAUUUGUGCUAAUUAAUUGAUGGUGUACAGAGAAAUGCAGAAGGUGUUAAGAGCGUACGGGGAAGUGCUGAGGUUGGUGCGCCGCCUGCCGGAGGAUUCGAGGCCGUACUACGCCAAGUACGCUCGCGAAAACUUCGUCAACUACAGAGAAGUCGAUCCCGGCGAUUCCGCCGCCGUCGAAGAAUUGCUCGCCCGAACUUACAAGCAUUCUCUCUGGAUCCUCAAUAAGUACUCGGUGGAUGAAUCUGCUGCGGGUAAGCUGAAGGAGAUCUGCUCUGCUUGAUCAGUUUGGCUUCUGCCUACAAACUGUUUGUUUUUAUUCCCCACUGAAAUUCGUUUCUUCUGUUUUGGACUUUUGGGCUUGGAUUUUGCCAACAUUUAAAAUGCUGGGCUUGUUUUGAAUAUUUUCUUUUUGUAGGGUCCAAUGUUAAAUAACCCAUUUUAAUUAUGGGGAGAACCCAUUCGUUUUAUUUUCGUCG